UUGAACCCCAUGGCGGCCGUUAACGUUAUAUUGCCUUCAAUUCUUCGCGCCUUCUUUCUUCUUCUUCGUAUUCAAUUUCACACAAAUCUACUAAUCUUCGCUCUUCUUCGAUUGAAAUUUUUCUUAAACAAUCAUGGGUCCGACGGAGGAUCGUUCGGAGAUUGCCUUCUUUGACGUCGAGACCACCGUUCCCACCCGCCAAGGCCAGAAAUUUUCUAUUUUGGAAUUUGGAGCCAUUCUGGUUUGCCCUAAGAAACUGGUUGAGUUGGAAAGCUAUUCCACUCUCGUAAAGCCCUCUGAUCUCUCGCUCAUUUCCUCCUUAUCGGUGCGGUGCAAUGGCAUUACUAGAGAUGCUGUCAUUUCUUCCCCUACUUUCGCCCAAAUUGCUGAUAGGGUUUACGAUAUACUUCACGGGCGGAUAUGGGCAGGUCAUAACAUACUUAGAUUUGAUUGUGCGCGAAUAAGGGAGGCUUUUGCAGACAUUGGUGUGCCAGCACCUGAGCCAAAAGGUACAAUUGAUUCAUUGGCAUUGUUGACUCAAAGGUUUGGAAGGAGAGCUGGCGACAUGAAGAUGGCGACUCUUGCUUCCUAUUUCGGGAUAGGACAACAAACACACAGGAGUUUGGAUGAUGUCAGGAUGAAUCUUGAAGUUCUAAAGUAUUGUGCAACCGUCUUGUUUCUGGAAUCAAGUCUACCCGAAGUUUUCCCAGAGAACAGUUGGGUUUCUCCAAAUGCUGUUACUAGGCGUCGUGCUGCAAAGUCAUCUCCACAGGGGAAUAGUUCAAAUAAUAAUUCUCACGCAUCAAGUUCAAAUAUUGGUGGUAAUCCCAUAUCUCUAACAGAUCAACAAGGGGAAGCUCAUCCGAUACUAUCUCUCGUAACUUGCAGUUCUGAGGACGGAGCCUUGAAUCUGGCUGAACCUAGUGCAACUGAAUCAGAUUCUUUUAAUAUGCACACUAUCAGCGACCAAAUAACAGGUGCAACACUUGAAACAGAUAUCAACAUGGAAGGAGAACAUGCCACAGUAUCUACCGAAGCAUCUCCCUCAGAGGAUACUUCCACAAGUCUUCACACUACUAAAUUUUUGGAGCCAGAUCAGGUGUCUGUUCUGUUCAUCACUGCAUCUUUCGUUCCAUUUUUUCGUGGGAGCCAAAGAAUACAAUUGUGGCACAAAGAUGACUGUUUACAGCUUCUAUGUAAUAAUCUGAGAGUUCGGUUUGGCAUAAGCACGAAAUUCACAGACUACGCUGGCCGUCCAAGGUUGAGUUUUGUGGUUGAUGUACCACCUAGUUUAUGCACGGUUCUUGAAGCAUCUGAUGGAGUGGCUCAAAGAUUAUUUUCCGAUUCUGGCAGCGGUUCUGAAUGGAGGCCUGCAGUGACGAGAAAGAAUGGUUAUUUCAACUACCCGACAAUGAGAUUACACAUUCCAACUGCAGUAAGUGGAGAUGUGGCAAAUUAUGCUACAGAAAUGUACCAAAAAGACGCAUCAGGCGCUGUUCAAAGGCUGAUAUUCAGUAAAUUUGAUGCUGCAGAGCUUGAUAGCUUGAUCAAACCUGGAGCCAUUUUAGAUGCGUUCAUUUCCUUGGAUACAUAUGACUAUCAACAGAGUGCAGGCAUUAGAUUGGUAGCAAAAAAGUUGAUUAUCCAUUCCUAGUAAUGAGAGGUCUAUUUGUCCAUUAUCGAAGUAGCUCUCAUGUUAUAUUAUACUUAGUUCACUGUCUAACAUUCAAAUUUCCAACAAGUCCCUUUUCAUUAUUUUAAUAAAAAAAAAAAAAAAAACUUUUUCCAUUGUCUA